CAACAACUUGGAGGCACAUCGGGUGUUGCAUAUUACGGCAGCAGUGUAAUCCAAAAAACUGGUUUUUCAACCACUAUUGGGACCAUAAUCAUUUCUGUAAUCCAGGUCCCAAUUGCUGCCAUUGGGAUAUUCCUGAUGGAUAUAUGUGGAAGAAGGCUUCUCCUCAUGGUUUCUGCAGGUGGAAUGAGCAUAUGUAGCUUCCUUGUAGGAUUAUCAUUUGUAUUACAGGGGCUUAACCUUUUCAAGGACUUCACCCCAAUUUUGGCUAUCACUGGAAUUACUGGAUAUUUCACUGCUUUCUCAAUUGGGAUGGGAGGAAUCCCUUGGAUUAUAAUGUCAGAGAUAUUUCCCAUGAAUGUAAAGGCUCUGGCUGGAACUCUCAUCACAUUAGUCAACUGGUCAUCUUCUUGGGUCAUGACUUACUCCUUCAACUUCAUGAUGCAAUGGAGCCCUGCUGGAACAUUCUUUAUUUUAACAGCAACUUGUGGGUUCACAGUUAUGUUUACUUUCAAGUUAGUACCGGAAACAAGAGGAAGAACACUUGAAGAAAUACAAGCAUAUAUGACGAGGCUUUAAUUUGAUAACAAGCCCACUUAUGUGUGUGUGCAUAUGUAUGAAACUAUGAAUGAAUAUGUAUUCAAUACAAAAAAAAGGGCUUUUUUGUGACCAGGAUUAAGGGUUGCCAAGGUAACAACAUGGUCUAGACAAUCUUCGGCGAUCGUUUGUUGUUUUUCGUAACCUCUUUCGGUCACAAGAAGCUAUAGUUUAGCUAUUGGAAAUUUAGUUCAUGGAAGAGAUUCUGGAC